GUUCGGGAAUUUCCGUCAAAUGUAGUGUUGUUGCCAUGGUCUGAAGAAGCGAAGUCAACAUGGCUGAAUGACAUAUAUUUAGUUAAUAUUGAAAUUAGCAUACAGAGGACAUAAAAUAGAGGAAAAAGAGGCAGUCAUGUCUCAGUCGGUAAAUGGCCUUAAUGGCCAGAUGAAUGGCUCUCCUACCAGAAGCUUUAACCUUCCAGGUGUUGAUCAGGAUAAGCUAAAAGGCCGUCUCUACUCUUAUGCCCCCCAAGAAGCAGCCAUCAACAAGAAAGCUCUUAAAUUUGCAAGAGUAACUCCAGCACAACGCAAAACAAAAGCUAAACCUACAGCUGCUAGAUUGGAACCUUUGCCUGGACUUGCCAAAUUCCAAGCUGAAAACCAACCAGAAUACAUAAGACGUAAAGCUGCAGAGGCUCUUGGCGCAAGCCGAGGGCAGUCAGUACCUGCUCCUGUUCAGAGCACUGGAGAACCAGACAGUAAGAAAACAAAAAGGGCUACCUCAGUGGAGCCAUUAGAGAGACCACCAUCAUCCUCACCAUUGCCAGAUCUACCAGAUGAUCUCAGGCAGAAACAGGAUUCAUUGGCGGGACACCCUCUGCGUUCUCCAACCCCACCCAAAGAGCGCAAGGAGCCCACUUCUAGCACGAUCCCAAGGGGUAUAUCCAUGUCCCUGCCCAUGGCCCAGGGUGUUGAUCAUCUGGAAGGGUGGUCUGAUAUUGAAGCAAUCAUCAAGCUAAUUCGAGACAAACCAAGGAUUGGUUUCCUGUACAUGAGCCCAGCUGUACCCAAGUCAUCAAUCAAAUAUCAUCCGUACAAUCUCAAAAUUGUCUCACAUAACAACAUCCAUGCACCAGAUUACUGUACCAUCAGUCUGAAGGGAGUGACAAGGGUCCGUAAUGGUAGCGAUGCUGAGUUCACAGAACUUGACCGUUGGGAACAGGAGUACCAUUAUUACACCAAGCUUAUCAAGAUUCCUCUCUUCCACCUCUUCCGUAAAUGGAAGGCUUUCUCGACCUGGAGGAAGAAUGUUAGAUCAAGGCGAUUGACAUCCUGUAAGAAACAGCUGCAGGAAAAUCUCUUCAUUGUGAAUGCAUCAUUACGACCAGCAUUGCUGAAUGUCAGAGAGAUGUGUUAUAGGAUUAGUGACAUGGGUCUCUGUAAAGUUGAGAAGGGACACACCUAUACUCUAAAUGAAUUCACCAUGGCACAGUUCACUCAACUCAAUGAGGUGUCAGGCCGUCUUGCUGAGUUCCGUGAGCUUGUUAAGGAGGUUGUAAGGAGUGCAUGUAGGACAGCACUCCUAGAGGCUGGCUUUACACCUGAUGACUACUUUCUUGAUAAUGAUGCCAAUGGAGAGGAAGGGAUGCCACCAGGUACAGCUGAUUCUAGUUACAUGAUGCAGAGUAACUUUGAUAUGGAUCUUUACCAGGAUGCCCCUGAUAAGAUGACCUACACUGAACAGGCAAACAAACGCAGUCAUUGCAGGAGGCUGACGUGUUUCAUCCGUCUUGCUGACUACCUGAUUGUAAACACCAUGCAUGUCCUAGCAGUCAAUUCAGUCACCACUCUUUUGAACUAUCUGAGAGAACAGCUUCAGAAUACACCUACUCUGGCUCAGAUUCAAGGAAGGCUAGAUGAAGAAGAGGAGGAGGAUGACAAGGCUACAACCAUUGCUGGGUCCAACAAUGCAUCUUCAGUGGUUGGAGGUCCUACAGCCAUUGCUGAUGACGGUAUAGGAGCAACGGAGCAGACAGUACUUGCUCCCUUGUAUCUUACUGAGUUUGUUCUAGAACCACUCAACAUCCUCUUCAGCCCCAACGUGGAUGAUUACCAAGACGGUAUUGCAGAGACCAUCAAACGCUUCCAGGAAUGUGUGCUAGGAGUGGACAACCUUGUACCUGAUACGUACUUCGAUGCUUUCACAAGACCAAUCAUCAAUGGUAAACUAGAGGAGAAGACAGCGGGUGAUGGACCUGGUCUGGACACCAUGUUUGAAGAUGAUAAACACCUACAGGGUGUCAUCCAGAGUAUAAGGGAUGCCGUUAACAAGGCGUUUGAUGCUGCUAACCAGUAUGCUGAUACCUUUGAGACUUUCAGAGAGUUCUACAGGGAAAAUGAGAGCACUGAUCUGGAGAGUCUUAGUGCUCAGGAACCUGAUGUACAAUUCUUUGCUGAAGCCUUAGAGCGCUAUCACACCCAACAUAAUAAGGCUGAAGCCAUCAAGGAAAGACGCAGUAUUGGUAUGCUGCUGGUAGAUUGUAUACAGAUGAAGAAUAAACUCAUCCCAUCUCCUCUUAGGUGUCUCAAUGUAAUCAAUGACAUGUUACCUAAGCAGAGUAAGAAACAGAUGGAUUUGUUGAUAGCUGAAUGUCAGGAUGCUCAGUACAAACUUGAAGUCAUUCCAACCACCACAUUAGAGUUUGUAGAGAGUCUCACCUUCUUGGAUGAGAUUCAGCUCAGGAUUGAUGCAUUGGAGGCAGAGUCCAAUAUUGUCAAGGAGAUGUAUGACUUGAUUGACAAGUACACAGUACCCACCCCUCCAGAGGAUUUUGCUGUUUAUCAGACCUUGACACCCUCAGUCACGGCUGUCAGGAAUGCCAUUGAUAAAUCUGUAGGAGAGAGGGAUGCCAACAUUGACAAGUUCUGUAAUCACAUGGACAAGGAUAUCUCCCACCUUAACAAAGAGGUUAAAUCAGUCAAACAGGAGUCACAGAACCCAAUCAUAUUGGAUGUGAAUGCUGACAAAGGCAAAGUAAAGAACCUCCUUCAGAAAUUGGGAACAACCCUGAAUGAUCUACAGAAACAGGCUUUCACUUUUAAGUCAUACCAGAAGAACUUCAAGGUUGAGGUGACCAAAUAUGAGGAGCUAGAAGAAACCCAUGCUGAGUUAAAACUCAAGCAGCUGCUAUGGGACUCUUUGGAUGAAUGGGAUGUGAUGACUACUCAGUGGACGGAGGCUGAGUUCAAUGAGCUUGACCCAGAAGAUCUCUCAACUAACGUAGCCAAGUAUGGCAAGUCAGUUCAUCAGCUGGAGAAGGGUUUGCCUCCUAACCAUGUCGUACCUAAACUCAAGGAGAAGGUGGAGAUCAUGAGGGAAAAGCUUCCAGUCAUUGUCAACUUGAGGAACCCAUCUCUUGGAAAGCGUCAUUGGGAGAAAGUGGAAACCAUCUUGAAUCAUAAGUUUACUACUGAGGAACCUUUGACCCUUGGCCUCUUGACCAAGUUGAAUGCUUUUAACUUCACUGAAGAGAUUGAGGAAGUCUCUGGUCAAGCCUCUAGCGAAGCUGCUCUUGAAUCUCUACUCAAGAAGGUUGAGGAUUCCUGGAAGACCACAGAGUUUGUGGUUCUACCUCACCGUGACACAAAAGAUGUUUUCAUCCUCGGUGGUACUGAUGACAUCCAGGUCCUUUUAGAUGACUCUCAGGUCAACAUCUCAACCAUUGCUAGCUCUAGGCAUGUAGGUCCCAUCAAACCAAGGGUGGAUGAAUGGGUCAGGAAUCUAGCUCUAUUCAAUGAGACACUGGAAGAGUGGAUGAACUGUCAGAGGAAUUGGUUGUAUCUUGAGAGUAUCUUCAGUGCCCCUGAUAUCCAGAGACAGCUUCCUGCAGAGGCCAAGAUGUUCAUGCAGGUUGACAAGUCUUGGAAGGAGAUCAUGAGGAAAGUGAACAGACUUCCAUUGGCGAUCCGAGCUGCCACUCAGCCUGGUCUCCUGGAAACAUUCAAGAACAACAACGCCCUCCUAGACCAGAUCCAGAAGUGUCUUGAAGCCUAUCUCGAGUCUAAGAGAGCUGUAUUCCCAAGGUUCUACUUCUUGUCUAAUGAUGAGCUGCUUGAGAUUUUGUCUCAGACUCGUAACCCACAUGCUGUACAACCUCAUCUUAGGAAGUGUUUUGAUGCCAUCUCUAAGCUUGAGUUUGGUACAGUAGCUGCUGAUGGCAAGAGCUCUCCCACUGGAGACAAAGAUCAAGCCACUACAAGCACCAAUGACAUCAUUGCCAUGAUCUCUCCUGAGAAUGAGAAGGUUGGUUUAGGUAAAGGACUGAAGGCUAGAGGUAACGUUGAAGACUGGCUGGGUAAAGUAGAGGAGGCCAUGAUGUCUUCUCUUAGACGUAUCACCAAGGCUGCACUCGCUGAUUAUGAGGUCAAGUCUAAGGAAGAAUGGAUAGCUAGCAACCCUUCACAGGUUGUGCUGACUGUGUCCCAGACAAUGUGGGCCAGAGAUGUGACAGAGGUUUUAGAGAAUACUGGAGACAGGCUUGAAGUCAUGAAGGAGUUUGAACUGAAAAAUAUCACGAACUUGAAUUCCCUGGCUGCCAUGGUACGAGGUCAGCUACCCAAGCUUGUGAGAGCCAUCAUCGGAGCUCAGAUCACCAUCGAUGUCCACGCUCGUGACAUCAUCACCAGCAUGGUCAAGAAUCAAGUGGAUUCCAGCAACAACUUUGAAUGGGUCAAGCAACUACGUUACUACUGGGACCUUGAGCUUGAUAAUUGUGUGGUUCGCAUGUCUACCUCUCAGUACAUAUACGGCUAUGAGUACCUUGGAGCCUCCGCUCGUUUGGUCAUCACACCACUUACUGAUCGUUGCUACCUAUGUUUAAUGGGAGCUCUCCAGCUAGAUCUUGGAGGAGCCCCGGCCGGUCCAGCAGGUACUGGUAAAACAGAAACCACCAAGGAUCUGGCCAAGGGUCUGGCUAAGCAAUGUGUGGUGUUCAAUUGCUCUGAUGAUCUGGACUACAAGAUGAUGGGUCGGUUUUUCUCUGGUCUGGCCCAGUCUGGAGCUUGGUGCUGCUUUGAUGAGUUCAAUAGAAUCAGUAUUGAAGUGUUGUCUGUCAUUGCUCAGCAACUCAUCACCAUCAGAAAUGCCAAAGCUGCCAAGCUAUCUAGAUUCAUGUUUGAAGGUCGUGAGAUCAAAUUGAUCCCUACUUGUGCUGCAUUCAUCACCAUGAACCCUGGUUAUGCAGGAAGGACAGAGCUACCUGAUAACCUCAAGGCUCUCUUCAGACCCAUUGCUAUGAUGGUCCCAGACUAUGCCCUUAUUGCAGAAGUGAUCUUGUAUUCAGAAGGUUUUGAAGACUCCCGCAAUUUGGCCCGCAAGAUGACACAGAUGUACAAGUUGUGCUCAGAGCAGCUGUCCCAACAGGACCAUUAUGACUUUGGAAUGCGAGCCGUCAAAUCUGUGUUGGUGAUGGCUGGCGCCCUCAAGCGUGGUAAUCCAGACCUUGGUGAGGAUAUUGUGCUAAUCAGAGCUCUGAGGGACAGUAACUUGCCCAAGUUCUUGGCAGAUGAUGCCGUCUUGUUCAAGGGCAUUUUGUCAGAUUUAUUCCCUGGAUGUGUGCUACCCGAGCAUGACUAUGGUAUCCUUGAGAAGACCAUCAUUGAUUCUCUGCUUGCCAAGGGCCUUCAGCCAGAACCAUGUGUGGUUAGCAAGGUCAUUCAGCUCUAUGAGACCAUGAUUGUUAGGCAUGGAGUCAUGUUGGUAGGACCAACAGGGGGUGGCAAGACAACUGUCUAUCAGUGUCUGGCCAAGACUCUGACUGACUUACAUGCUGCAGGAGAGGAUGUGCCAUACUACCAGCCUGUUCACUGCUAUGUACUCAACCCUAAAGCAGUCAGUAUGGGAGAGCUGUAUGGAGAGAUCAAUAAGCUCACCCUAGAAUGGCAAGAUGGAUUGAUGGGUCUCACUGUCAGGAAAGCUACUACAGACACCACUGACGAUCAUAAGUGGAUCAUAUGUGAUGGUCCAGUUGAUGCUCUUUGGAUUGAGAAUAUGAACACAGUCUUGGAUGAUAACAAGAUGUUGUGUCUUGCCAACAGUGAGCGUAUCAAGCUAUCCAACUCUAUCCACAUGGUUUUUGAAGUCCAGGAUUUGGCUGUUGCCUCUCCUGCUACUGUUAGCAGAUGUGGUAUGGUGUACAUUGAUCCUGGUGAACUGAAAUGGAUGCCUUACGUCAUGACAUGGCUUGCUAAAUUCAAGGAUAAGAUUCAGGAGGAAACCUACAACUACAUUCUGGAACUCUUUUCUAACUACGUGGAGGAUGGGCUUAAGUUUGUUUUUAAGAAGUGCAUUCAAGCCAUCCACCAGGUGGACAUCAGUAAAGUGACCACACUGUGCUGCCUGCUGGAGGCUCUCCUAUUCCAUAACACUUCCAAUGUCAAUCUUAAACUGGAGACGGCUAAGCUUCAUCCAUUGAUCUGUUCAACCUUUGUCUUCUCGUAUCUGUGGGCCAUUGGAGGGAACCUGAUAGAAUCAUGCUGGGAUGCCUUUGAUACCUUCAUCAGGAAUCAGUUUGAGGACAAUGGUGAUGCCAAGCUCCCUUCUAAUGGAGACUUGUGGAGCUGUUACAUGGAUUUUGAUACCAAGAGAAUGGACCUCUGGGAGAAGAUUGUACCUACAUUUAAGUAUGAUCCAGAAGUUCCCUUCUUUGAGAUGUUGGUGCCCACCAUGGAUACAGUAAGGUUUGGAUAUCUCAUGGAGAAGCUCCUCCUUGUCAAGCAUUCUGUCUUGUUCACUGGAACGACUGGUGUCGGAAAGUCUGUGAUUGCUCGAGCCUUGCUAGAAGGUAUUCAAGAGAAGGCCAACUAUGUGCCAAUCUUCAUGAAUUUCUCUGCCCAGACCAGUAGUCAGAGGACACAAGAGAUUAUUGAGGGCAAACUAGAGAAGAAGAGAAAGACCAUACUUGGUGCCCCCAUUGGUAAGAGUGUAAUCAUCUUUGUUGAUGAUUUGAACAUGCCCAAACUGGAUACAUACGGUUCCCAACCACCCAUUGAGCUUCUCAGACAGUACCAAGACUUUGGAGGAUUCUAUGACAGGGAGAAGAUGUUCUGGAAAGAUAUCCAGGAUGUGACCCUGGCAUCAGCCUGUGCUCCACCAGGUGGUGGUCGUAAUCCUGUCACACCUCGUCUCAUGCGUCAUUUCAGUAUGAUGUGUGUACCUACAGCAUCAGAUCACAGUCUCAAGCAUAUCUUCAAGUCUAUCAUCAAUGGCUUCUUAGCUGAAUUUCCUCAAGCUGUGAAGGAGCAGGCUGAUGCUAUUGUUGGUGCAGCGGUUGAGAUCUAUGGACGUAUGAGUACAGAUCUCCUACCUACACCAGCUAAAUCUCACUAUGUCUUCAAUCUUAGAGAUCUCUCCAAAUGUGUGCAGGGAGUUCUGCAGGCAGACCCUGGCAUCAUCCGUGACCAAGUAGCCAUCUUCCGCAUCUUCAGCCACGAAUGCCAGCGUGUCUUCCACGAUCGUCUCAUCAACAAUGAGGAUAAGAAAUACUUCAAUGAGAUCAUGUCGGAGAUGGCUAGCAAGCAUUUUAGUCAGAACAUUGACCCUGAGACGUUUGUUACCAAGCCCAUCAUCUUUGGUGACUUUAUGAAAGUGGGUGCUGAGGAAGCCGACAGACUCUAUGAAGACAUUAUGGAUCUCAACAAACUCAAGAAUGUAUUGGGUGAUUAUCUGGAUGAUUUCAACAUGAGUUCAUCAAAGGAAAUGAAAUUGGUCUUCUUUUUGGAUGCUGUCCAGCACAUUGCCAGGAUCAUUCGUAUCAUCCGUCAGGAGCGUGGUAAUGCUCUCCUGGUAGGUGUUGGUGGUACUGGUAAGCAGUCCUUGACAAGAUUAGCCUCCCAUAUCUGUGGCUACAAGUGUUUUCAGAUUGAGCUUUCUCGUGGGUACAGCUAUGACUCCUUCCAUGAAGAUCUGAAGAAGCUAUACACCAUGGCUGGAGUAAACAAUGAUAAUACUGUCUUCCUCUUCACAGACACACAGAUUGUAGUUGAAGAGUUUCUUGAAGACAUCAACAACAUCCUCAAUUCUGGAGAGGUGCCCAAUCUCUUUGAGCCUGAGGAGUAUGAGAGGGUUAUCAUUGGCUGCCGACCAGCUGCCAAAGAAUUGGGAAUCCCAGAAGGCAAUAGGGAAGAAAUCUACAAUUUCUUUAUCAGCCGUGUGCGCAAGAAUCUCCAUAUUGUGCUUUGUAUGAGUCCUGUUGGCGAUUCCUUCAGAGCAAGAUGCCGUAUGUUCCCGUCCUUGGUCAAUUGUUGUACCAUUGACUGGUUUGUAGAGUGGCCCAAGGAAGCCUUGCUCUCUGUAUCCAAAACCUUCUUUGAGAACAUGGACUUUGGACGUGAUGAUCUAAAGGAGAAAGUUGCAGAGAUGUGUGUAGAAAUUCAUACAAGUGUAAGCAACAUGGCUGAACGGUACUACAAUGAGCUUAGGAGAAGAUAUUACACCACUCCUACUAGCUACUUAGAACUUAUCAAUCUCUAUUUCUCCAUGCUGUCUGAAAAGAGAAGACAAUUGGUGAAUGCAAGAGAUCGUGUGAAGAAUGGUCUAGGAAAGCUGUUAGAGACCAAUGAUCUUGUAGCUGACAUGGAGAUUGAGCUUACAGCCCUUGAACCUGAACUGAAGAAGAAAUCUGCCGAUACAGAACUUCUUAUGGAGAAACUUGCUGUCGAUCAAGAGAAAGCUGAUCAGGUGAGAAAAGUUGUUCUUGAUGAUGAAGCCACAGCCAAAGUGAAGGCAGAAGAAACCCAGGCCAUUGCUGAUGAUGCCCAGCGAGACCUUGAUGAGGCUCUACCCGCUCUGGAAUCUGCCAACAAAGCUCUAGAUUCCCUAGAUAAGAGUGAUGUAGCUGAGUUGAAAGUGUUCAAUAAACCACCUGACAUGGUUAUGACCGUCAUGGAGACUAUAUGCAUCUUGCUUGGAGUCAAACCUGACUGGCCCACGGCUAAGGGGUUGUUGGGAGAUCCAACUUUCUUGAAGAAAUUAAUGGAAUAUGACAAGGAAAAUAUUGCAGACUCUCUUCUCAGAAAGCUUAAGAAAUACAUCGAAAAUCCCAAGUUUGUACCUGAAGUUGUUGAAAAAACAUCCAAGGCCUGCAAAUCUAUGUGCAUGUGGGUGAGAGCUAUGGAUCUAUAUGCCAAAGUCUUCAAAACUGUUGAACCUAAGAAGCAAAAACUGGCUGAAGCCGAGUCAGAAUUGGCAGCUACCAUGUCUGUGUUAGCAGAGAAGCAGAAGAAGCUGGCCGAUGUUGAAGCCCAGAUUGCAGAACUGCAAGCCUCCUAUGACCACAGUGUAAAUGAGAAAGAAACACUUGCCAAGAACAUGGCUCAGACAGCUGCAAGAUUGAAGAGAGCUGGUAAACUGACCACUGCUUUGGGAGAUGAACAAGGACGUUGGGAAGAAACAGUCAAGGAAUUCAACAAAGAGAUUGGUAAUGUUGUUGGCAAUGUGUUUGUGGCUGCCGCAUGUGUUGCAUACUAUGGUGCCUUCACCAGCUCUUACCGUGUGGAGCUUGUCAACUAUUGGACAGAAAGGUGUAAAGAACUGGACAUACCAGUAACAGAUGACUUAACUCUAAUCAAGGUUUUGGCCGAUCCCUUUGAGAUUCGUCAAUGGAAUGCUGAUGGUCUUCCUAGGGAUGCUGUAUCAACAGAGAAUGCUAUUCUUGUCACAAGAGGGCGCCGGUGGCCCCUUAUGAUUGAUCCACAAGAACAGGCUAAUCGCUGGAUUCGUAACCGAGAAGCCAAGAAUGGUUUGAAGGUCAUCAAGCUGACUGAUCAAAACUUCCUACGCACAUUGGAGAAUGCUGUACGUGUAGGUCUCCCUGUACUCCUUGAAGAUCUGGCUGAGACGCUGGAUCCUGCAUUGGAGCCCAUCCUUCUUAAGCAAACAUUUGUUCAGGGCGGUCGUCUCCUGAUUCGCCUCGGAGACAGUGACAUUGACUAUGACAAGAAUUUCCGUUUCUACAUGACAACCAAGAUGGCCAAUCCUCACUACCUACCUGAGAUCUGUAUCAAGGUUACCAUCAUCAAUUUUACUGUCACCAAGUCUGGUCUUGAAGAUCAGCUGCUUAGUGAUGUUGUGCGUCUGGAGCGACCUGAUCUUGAGGAGCAGCGAAAUCAGUUGAUCGUGAGGAUCAACGCUGAUAAGAACCAACUCAAAGCAAUUGAGGAUAGGAUAUUGAAGCUGCUCUUUGAAUCUGAGGGUAACAUCCUAGACAAUGAAGAACUCAUCAAUACUCUCAAUGAAUCCAAGGUAACAUCUGGUGUGAUCACCAAGCGUUUGGAGGAAGCAGAACAGACAGAGGAGAAAAUCACUGUGGCCAGAGAGAAAUACAGAGUGGUAGCCUCUAGAGGAUCAGUUAUGUACUUUGUGGUGGCCUCACUAGCAGAGAUUGAUCCCAUGUACCAGUUCUCUCUCAAGUAUUUCAAGAAUCUCUUCAACCUGUGUAUAGAGAACAGUGAGAAGAACAGUGACCUUCAAGAGAGGUUAAAGAUUUUACUCCGCCAGACAACAAUCCAGGUCUACACCAAUGUCUCCAGGGGUCUGUUUGAGGUUCAUAAGCUGGUAUUUUCCUUCAUGCUGUGUAUUGACAUCAUGAGACAGGAUGGAAAGGUGACUAAUGAAGAAUGGAAUUUCUUCCUACGUGGUGUCGCUGGCAUGGACAAGAAAAGACCACCAAAGCCUGAUAUUCCAUGGUUGACGGAUGCUGUGUGGAACUCAUGCUGUGACCUGGAUGACUCUAUCCCAGCAUUCAAAGGCUUGAUGAAGGAAGUUGUUGCUGCACCUAUCUUCUGUAAAUUGGGAAGGAUGGAGGUGAGACCUAACCCAGAGACAUGGGAGGGUUACGGACCUGACCCGCCCCCAUGGGUCCCUCCUCAAGAAGGGGAAGAAGAACAGCAACAGGAUGACGGUAAAAUCAAGGGUCACUAUGAAGAAAGACUGACCAGCUUCCAGAAACUCAUAAUGGUCAAAUGCUUCAAGGAAGAGAGUGUUGUGUUCUGUGUCACAGACUUUGUGAGUGAAAACUUGGGCAAGACCUUUGUAGAGAGUCCACCUGUGGACCUGGCUACCCUGUACACCGACAUGACCCCAUCCACACCCCUUGUCUUCAUCCUGAGUACUGGUUCUGAUCCAAUGGGAGCAUUCCAGAGGUUUGCCAAGGAGAGGAACUACUUGGACCACAUCCAGGCUAUAUCUCUAGGCCAGGGCCAAGGUCCUGUAGCUGAGAAGCUGAUUGAUGCAGCUGUCAAGAAUGGAGACUGGGUCUUCCUUCAGAAUUGCCAUUUAGCUGCAUCAUGGAUGUUGAGCCUAGAAGAGAUUAUCAAGGCUUUUGGUGAGCCAGGAGCUGAGAUCCAUGAAGAUUUCCGUCUCUACCUGAGUUCCAUGCCAACAAACAAGUUCCCAGUCUCUGUCCUGCAGAACAGUGUCAAGGUUACCAAUGAGCCUCCCAAAGGCCUGAGGUCUAACAUAAGAAGAGCCUUCUCAGAGAUGACUGCACAAGACUUUGAAGAGCACAUCCUGGGAAUGUCGUGGAGGAAGAUGAUCUUUGGCAUCUGUCUUUUCCAUGCUAUCAUCCAGGAGCGGAAAAAGUUUGGUCCUCUUGGUUGGAAUAUCAAGUACGAGUUCAAUGAGAGUGAUAGAGAAUGUGCCUUGGAGAAUCUGAAGAUGUUCCUUGCAGAUGGUGAGAUACCUUGGGAUGCACUCAUCUACAUCACUGGAGAGAUCACCUAUGGAGGUCGGGUAACCGAUGCUUGGGAUCAGAGGUGUCUCAGGACCAUCCUUAGGAGAUUCUUUGCUCCUUACACCUUAGAAGAAAAUUACAAAUACUCAGAGUCAGGUAUCUACUACAGUCCUGACAUGGAUACCCUUGGGGAAUACAGGAAGUACAUCGAAGAUCUACCCAUCAUUGAUGAACCAGAGAUCUUUGCAAUGCAUGAAAAUGCCAACAUUAGCUUCCAGCGACAAGAGACCCAGACUCUGAUCUUUACCAUCCUAGAGGUUCAGCCAAGGAUGGGAGGAGGUGGAGGAGGAAAGACCAAUGAUGACAUUGUCUAUGAGUUAGCAGAGAGUAUCCUUACCAAGAUACCAGAUAAUCUAGACAUUGAUGAAGCUUGGCAAGAAAUGUUUAAGCCCGAUGAUAAAGGACGUACCAAUUCUCUCACAACUGUACUUGUUCAGGAAGUGGAUAGAUUCAACAAGCUUUUGAAAGUCUUGAAGAGCUCACUGAAGACCAUCCAGAAAGCCAUCAAGGGUCUGGUGGUGAUGUCUGAAGAACUUGAGCGAGUAUACAACAGCUUUCUCAACAACCAAGUUCCUACAAUGUGGUCUGAUGCAGCCUACCCAUCCCUCAAGCCUCUGGCUUCAUGGGUCAAGGACCUUCUUCUUAGGGUUGGAUUUAUUGGGCAUUGGAUCCUCCAUGGGCCUCCAAAAUCUUUCUGGAUUUCUGGUUUCUUCUACACGCAAGGUUUCCUGACUGGUACACUGCAGAAUUAUGCAAGAAAGUAUGACUACCCAAUUGACCAGCUCAGUUUCCACUUCCGUCCUAUGCCCAUAUACCGUGACCAGGCUGAAGUUGCUAUCCAACAAGAUCAACUCAGCUUUGGUCAGGUUACUGAUGCUGACAAAGAGAAAUCAGCAGGUGAUGGUAGAGAUCUUGAUGAGGAACUUCCUGAGAUCAAAGAUGGAGUCUUGAUUCAUGGUCUGUUUAUGGAUGCUUGCCGAUGGGAUGAUGAUAACAUGAAACUUGCAGACGCUAAGUUUGGUGAAAUGAAUCCACCUCUACCUGUCAUGCAUAUGGAGCCUGAGAUGAACUUCAAACCCGAUGAAACAGAUUAUAACAGUCCACUCUACAAGACUGGGCUUAGAGCUGGAACUCUCUCUACCACUGGUCACUCUACCAACUUUGUGGUUGCUAUUCACCUGCCAUCAGACCUGCCUCAAGAUUACUGGAUCUCUAAAGGAUCAGCUCUUCUCACUCAGCCACAUGAAUAAACAUUGAAAUAUUGAAGAACUAUAGAUAUAAAGAAUUAGAAAUUGAUCUAGUUGCCAAAGAUAUAUACCUAUUAAGUCAAUUUAGCCAAUGUUCAUAAAAUGAAUUCCUUGAAGAAUGUUAGACUGAGAAUGUCAAAGAAGAAAUCUGCCGAAAUGGAAAGAUGCCAUCUGACUGACAUUGCAUUUUACAAUCAAGUUACUUGCAGUAAAUCAACAUGCUUGUCAGUUUUAUUGUUAAUUUUUUAGUAAAACAGUUUUUAGGGACUUGGUAUGUUGAAUAUCUUAUUGUGAGAAGGAAUCGCCUAUGAAAAUUAAAUUUCAUAAUAGCUGAACUGCGGCUGGAUGAAUGUUUUUCUGGAACAAGUUUGGUUUUAUUGCUAGAUUUGGCUACAUACAAAAUCAUUAAUUGGCUGUAAAUGGCUAGUUAACAAACAAACCACUUGUGUUUUUUUUUAUUGAGAUCAGACAAAAUUUUGAUUUAUCUAUAGAAUAUACAUUUUGACAUUUGCAAAAUCAGUGUAUUGUGCAAUGUAUGACAUUAUGUAGUAUUUACUAUACAUAUUACUAUCAGAUAUUAUAUUCAUGUAAUAAAAGUGUACAAAACUGUAAAAAGCUACAAUUAUAAAUAAACUGAGUUUUCUUAAUCUUUAGAAUAUAUACAUAUAUGUACAUAUAUAAAUAUAAUGACUAUCUUAGUUGUAUGUAACACUGAAAAUUUGGAGAUAGUUGAUGAACAAUUUAUUCUUGACAUGAAUUAGCUUCACCAGUCAAUAUGUUGAUAUCUAUGCCUUAUUACCUGAAUAAUAUAUUGUCUUUCAGAGGAAAUAAUGUAAGAAAUACCUGCACUUUAUGUCCAAACAUAAUACUACUUUCAAUAAGCCAUCAACAAACAGAUAUGCAAAGAGCAUUGUCUUUCAUUUGGUUUCAAUUGGUUUUGAAUUCCAAAACAUCAUUCAUGUAUUCUUCUUGUACAUCAAUUGGGUACAAAACUCUUUGGAGUUGAUUUUCCUUUUUUUUUUUUUUAAUUGUUCAGAUGAAGUCUUUAGGAAUAUGUUGUAUGGAAGGUGAAGAAAAUCUGUAAAUACAGUGAAGUUGACUGGUUUUGUAAAUGUUUCUUCAGGCUAAAUGAACCUAUGAACAGUUAACUAUUAGUUAACUAUGCUGAAACAUUGAUGCUCGACAAAAGUAUAAUGAUACAAUCAAUUGAUUUUUUUAUUACUCUUAUUAUUAUUAUUAUCAUUACAGCUUAUUUUGUAUGUCCAUUAUUAAAACUUAAUUUGAAGAGAUUUUGUUAAGAAUAUAAAGAUGUGAAUAUAGAAUCAACUGCAUUUUCCUUUAUGAUUGGAAAGAUUUUACCCAAUCUGUGACCUUUGUCAUUAAUAAUUCCCAUGUUUGUAACUCUGUAUGAAAUGGGCACCUGGAUAUUUAAUAGUGAUAAGAGAUAUAAAAACUUUCUAUGGAAGCUUUGCUUUAUGUUCUGAGUAUUCAGAAUUCCCAUGGUAUAUACAUACACCAAGUGAUACAAAGUGAUCUAUACAAACAUGUCUCUUGAUUUGAACCAAGUUUUUCAGUAUGAGGUCAUUCCAUAUCAAUGUAUUGCUAACUACUCUGUAAAAAUUGUGUAUAUUUCAUAACUGAUAUUGAAUUGUAUUGAAAUUUUAUGUAGAAGUUUAUUCUUUCAUAUGUGAAUAUCUAACUUAUUUUUCAUACAGAAAUGUUCACCCAAAUUUGUACGAUUCAUAAUUACUAGUAUUGUCUAUUAUAUUUGUGAAAUGGUUUCUCUCCAGCUAGGACUGGAUAUCUCAUAUUGCUCAUUUAAAAAAAAUAUUCUAGAUUUGUUAUGAAAGCUUCAAUAUUCAUUGAUGAUUGAAUGCAAGCUCGUUUGGUAUUUGGGGCAGAAUAAAUACUGAAGUCAAAUACUUUACUGCACAUGUCAAAGGGGGCUCUCAUACCCAUAUGUAUGGAUAUGUAUGGGUUUUUCCUGUAUGAUGAAUUUAUGUUUAAAAUGUCAAUAAACUCAACACAAUACAUAAUUUCUGUAUAUUUUACUUGUUUGUACAUUCCAUUUUUCAUAGUCAAAGCAUAAAUAUUUAUUUUGAAUGAAUUGUGCCUUGAAAAGCAUUGUACUUUAUCUGUCCGUCCUUAAUAUUGUGUAUAUGUAAAUACAUACUCUCAACCUUGUGAUUGAAGUGUAUUCCAAAUUAAAUGCAUAUUUUAACAAAAUGAAACAA